AUGAUCAUGCAUGUCGACGAUGGUCUUACGCUUGCUCCCUUGACAUGGCUCAAGCAGAAGUACAUCCCUACAUUGCAAUCGCGUUUCGAGAUCUCGGUAGAGAUUGCGUACAAGAAUGGAGAUGUCUUUUCUUUCUUGAAGAGAAAGCACACUAUUUUGGAAUCUGGGAUUUUAGUGGAAGCUUCGAGCAGCUACAUACGACACAUGGCCGAAGUACUUGAUGUCAAGCACGGAUCGAAGCAUAACACACCAUAUCUUCCAGAGCUAAUUCGUGAAGAUGUAUCUGGUCCUCUUGACCCUGUUCGAGCAGGGAAGUUCAGGAGUGCACUGGGUAUUGCAUUGUAUUUGUCAAGUGAUCGCAUUGACAUCUGCUACUCUGUCCGACUUUUGGCAGGAUUCAUGUCAAAUCCCACCGAACAGGCAUGGAAAGGAUUGAUCAGACUAGCGAAGUAUCUGCUUAACACUGCUGAGUAUGCCACGUUGCUUUCGCCCAAGCUUCCUGGAUCCACAGUCUUCCGCGAGGCAAAUCACGAUGAUAUGCCCAACCGAAUUGAGAUCUACAGCGAUUCUGAUUGGAGUGGACAUCGGGUUACAAGAAAGUCUUUUGGAUCCGCGUCGUAUGCAGUGAAUGGUUGUGUGUUCCAUCACAUCUGCAGGUCACAUCGCACUGUGAGUCUUUCAUCAGCAGAAGCCGAAUGGUAUGCUGCGAUAAGUGCUGCUUGCGAAGGAAUUUUCCUGAGGGCGAUUUUCGUCUUCAUGGCGGCGAUUACAGAAUGCUCCUUGGAUCUUAAGAUAGACAAUUCAGCAGCGAGACAGCUCGCCUUACGCCAAGGCGUUGGGGACAAGACUCGCCAUGUAGCUGGUCGUCUCUUGUGGUUGCAGCAAUCAGUGCGUGAGAAGAUCAUCGAUGUUGGAGCAAUUGCAAGCAUUUUCAAUCUUGGCGAUUUAUCUACAAAGAUGCACAGUGCCAAUCGUUUGCGAGCCUUACUGUUCUUGCAUGGUUUCGUUGAUGCUUUGACAGGAAAGGCUAUUGGCGAGGAAGAGUUUGCGCAAAUGGCUCUGCAAGAUCAAGCAAAGAUGCAGGUGAAGAGAGUUCGUACUGAAUAUGCUCGGCAGCAUGGAGUGACCGGUUCCUUGAAGGGCGAAGCAAGCAGGCUGACGAAACAGGUAGCACUUCUUACUCUUCUUUGUUUGCCUACAACUGGAGAUGCAGCAGAGGCGGCGAAUCCGUACCAACGUCAUGGCAUGGCGAACGUGACUUGGGCUACCGUCCUGUUGUGCUGUGGUUUGUGCAUUUACCGGGCCUUGAGCUGGGCCAGAGACUUCCAUGGUUUCGACAUGAACAGUCUUCUGGAAAUGAGCUCGCAAGACUUUGCGACCAAGAUGAUCAUGAGUUUCAUCUUCCUGUGUGGACUGAUGCCGGAGUCUACCAUGGAGCAGUACAUGUGCUUCUUUCUUCUUGGGGUGGUGUGGACCAUGCGUCGCUACAUUCUUCAGCUGGAGCACAAAUUGCAACUGACGAGUACUGAGCCAACUGAUGGUGAGCUGAUGCGAGUCCGUUCUGAUGCCAAUGUGAGAAUCGUGGCGCGUCUCACGUCCCCUGCCAUCAUGCAGGUCCAGAAGAAGCUGAAGGAAAACAGCGGCCCCGGAGGGAACAAGAAGUCCUGGCAGAAGCGAGUUGCCGAGUUCUUGAAAGAUCGAGACCACGAGGACGUCCAAACCAGAAGGAGAAGGCUGAGGGAGAAAUCCACGGUAGAGCCCCAGAGAGUGGCCACAUACCAGUGGAUGCUGGACAUCAACCACAGCAUGCGCUGGCUGGGCCACUCCCUAAGUGACUUCUUUGUCAGCAAAGACGACAUCAAGAAGAGCGAGCAGCCGCCCACUCUUCUGCUGACCACAGAUCAAGAAGGGACUCAGAUUGCAGCCGCCAACUAUCUUAGAUGGCAGCUUGGGGCAUGCAUCGAACACACGUACGAUCCGCAGCACCGCAGAUCCAAUGACUGCACCCUGGCAUUGGCUCAGGCAGGCAUCCUCAAGCAGGCCUGCCACGCGGUGAGCCUCUACAACCUUCAGGACGGACCUUUUCAAAAAGGAGGCUUUCACGAGCAGGUAGUGGAUGCGGCCAGGGAAAUGAAGGAAGGGAUGAACCCUAACGACGAUCUGCUCAAGUUUUUUUUCGAGGACAUCCUGCUGGACCUUGGCGAGGGCCUGGAGAACAACAACGAGGCCAGGAGGAAGCAAUACCUGGAAGACCUUCCCAGUUCCCCGAUCGUUACGUCCAAGGGACCCAAGGCGAGCACAAGUCGCUUCAACUCGCUCCAGCACUCACAAGAACACCUAGACCGACAUUGGAGCAGCUUUGCUUUGAUCCUCACCGUCAUCUGCCUAACCCAGAAGUUUGUUGAUUUUGCCGACGAGCUGUGGGCUCCGGAGGGCGCCCUCAGAGCCAUACAGAAGGAGCAGGCUCCGCAAAGCGCCGCUCAGGCCAAGAAGGAGGCAAAGGAGACCCUGGCUAAGAUGAGAUCCAAAGCUCAAAACACACUGCACCUGUACUGCAAGUGGAUGAACGAUCCCGUGAACAAGAACCUGGCCCGCGUGAUGUUUUAUCUGCACAAGCCAGAAAGCGACGACAGCGGCCGCAUGCUAGCACACAUGCGUGGCGCAGACGCUUGCAGGGAACAGUUUCGUGAGUGGAGCCAGUGGAGCUUCAUGGAGAUUGCCAAUAAGCAGAUUGCAGUGUUGAGCAACCUCACCUUGCUAUCCAGAAUGGGCUUCGAGAUGAGCCGCAGCCAGAGAGCCAAGAGCGAACUGAGUGAAGACAAACUGCAAAGCGAGGACGCGCUGGCAAAGAAAUGCUGGCUGGUGUUGUUCAAGCUACUGAAGUACCGCCUGGGCUCCAUGGCUUGGCACACCUGGUCUCUCCCUGGGGCGUGCGCAGGACUGCUGGACGAGGACAACGUCAAGCAGCAGGAAACCCGCUCCUUCCUCUGCGCAAUCGACAAGGUCGUCCUGGCUUGCGAGGAGAAGAUAGCCUUCCGCUUGCGGAUAAUAUUUUCUACCAUCAACUAA